AGGUGGAUGUUGGAGAAGGUAGAGAGUGGUAUGAGCCAUGGCAAAAGAGGUGGAGGUAGAGGCUGUAUGAUGCAGAGUAAAACGAAACAGCCAGUGAGACGAGUGAGUUCGGCAACACACAGUUUUACAUCGUGUCACGAGUGGAUUACUUGGAUUUUUCAACAGUGUUUCAUGUGAUUUUACAACGUAAUUUAUUAUUCACAUAUGUUGCUAGAAUGACAUAGUUGCAAUAUUUCAUUUUUAAAAAAAUAAAAUAAAUAAUAUUCCUGUUUCAAGUGAGUUUUUUUUUUUUUUUUUAUUACUCAUUGGAAUUUACGACAACGUUGGUGAAAAUUAUUAUCAAGACAAAUUAUAAAUCAAAAGCUAUGAAAUCUAUUCGAGGAAUCUUGAUAUCAGGUCUUUUCAUCCUGAUGAAGACGAGUUUACUUCAAGCUCAUCGAGAACACAAGGUACACAACAUAGUGCUCUAUCCUGAUAAACAUAGCUGGUGUAAAACAACUCCAAUCAAACAAGUUGUGACAUGGCCACGUUGUUCAUCAAAAGAACUUGACAACAAUGUUUGUGUUGGUGCAUGUUUUUCAUAUAUGGUACCACACAGUGAACCAUCAGCACCAGGAGACUUGAUACGGCCUUAUUGCGAUUCUUGUCAACCUCUUGACAGUGUCUGGCACACUGUAAAUCUCGACUGCAAGGAUGAAGAUAACAAACCAAUGACAAUUCCAAAAAAGGUCCAAAUAAUUACACAUUGUUCGUGUAGCUCUUGUACGGAAACAUCAAGAAUUAAACCUGAUUACAAUACACUGCUUCAGUCUCUCACUGAAGAAAAUAUAGACAAAAAUGUUAUAACUGUUAAUGAAACACCAGAUCUCUUACUAAAUCCUCAUUUAAAUAAUUCAAAAAAUACAACAAAAGACAGUGUUCAAGCAAAUGAAAUUUUUUUGCAACUAUUUCAACAAUUAAAAGACAAUGAUAAAGUUGAUAAAACAGAAACAACAGAUUUAUUUGAAAAAUUUGAAGAAAAAAUUGAUUUAGAAAAAUUUCGACAAUUGGUAGAAAAGUAUCGUCAAGAAGAGGAACGUGAAAAACAUCAUCAAUCACAUCAUAAAACAGAAAAAACUCAUGGUGAACAACAAGUAACAAGUGAGAUUCCACAUCAUACAAAUAUUCAUCGUGGACCACAUCAUUCUAUUGUCAUGGAACCAGAUGUUAAAGAAAAAAUUGACGUUGAACCUCAUUAUCUUCAUCCAGCUGUAGCUGGACAAGAAAUUAGUUAUUCUGACAAUGUUCUCGUUGAUAAAAAUGAGAAAAAAGAUAAAAAUGAAUACCAUUGAUCAAAGCAAUUAGAUUAUAUGAUUGAGAUUUUAUUAUUAUUUUUUUUUUUUUUCAAUUUUAAUCAUUUUAUUGAAGUAAUUAUGCAAUCUUGCGAACAAAAAAAUACAUUAAAUCAUUGAAAUAAUAUUUACAAAAAUUUAAACUUCUUGUUUAUAAUAUUUACAAAAAAAUUUAAAAGAAAUAAAUUAUUUUAAAGAUAACAUAUAAAUAUAAAAUAAAAUUAAUUAUAUAAAUUUGAAUGUAUAAUAAUUCAAUUUAUUUGUUUUGUAAAAAAAACAAGUGAGACAGAAAAAAUAAAAAAAUUAAUUGAUUGAUUGAUUGAAAAAAAAAAAAAAAGAAAAAAAAACAUAAAUGAAAUUUUAAUAUAUUUGAAUUUAUAAUUAAUUAUUAUUUGGAAAAUAAACAUUUAAAAAAAAAAAACAAACAAAAAGGAUAUUUUUAAUUAAUUCACAGACACUGAGAAAAUAUUUUUUGUUUGAAAAUAUUUUGUAGAUUUAAAUUUACUUUGUUUAAAAUUUCGGUUUUCUUUUUUAAUAAUUGCAAAAGAAAUAUUGUAUCACAUAAUAAUAAUAUAUAUAUUUAUUUAGAUAUAGAAAUCAUUGCAUUAACUCGAUAAUGACACUAUAUUGGUUCGAGAAAUUAUUAUAUUUUAAAAAGAGAAUUAAAUCGAGUAAAUUCUGUCAAAACAGAACAUGAAAUAUUUUACCCUGAAAAUUUUUUCACAUAAAAAUUAUACUAUCAAGCAAUUUAAUUUAAUUCAAGUAAAAAAAUUUUAUGAUAAAGAAAACAUCAUCAAUUCGAAAAU